CAUGUCUGUCAGGCUGUUUCAGCGUCCCCUUCCAGAUGAGCCCAACGUUUGUCAGAAGGACCAGAGCUGCCAAACGUCCGUCUGUCUGCCCACCUGCAGCUCUGAAGGGCGCCCGCUCUCAGCCACGUUGUGCCUUUCUCUUUCUAAGGGUGAAGACGAUGGACAAGGGAGAGGAGGAUGGUGCCAUCAAGGAAAAAGCACGCGUUUUCAUUGAAAGCGUGAUAAGCGAUGCAAAGGAGUAUCAUCUAGAUUUGCAAAAAAAGGAGAAAGAAGCUGAAUAUGUCAGCAAAAAUAUUGAGUGGACCACAUGCAAGAAGUUCACCGUGGAGAGAGGACAGCAGCAGAUCGAAGAAUACAUUGCUACGUGGGAGAUUCAUGAAAGCUGGCUUCACUGGACAGAAUUUCUCCAGGAAGAAGAGCUGAAGAAUAGCAAGAGGUACCACUACAGAGUUUGCUGGAGCACCCCAACACGCAGAAAACCCAUCCCACGAGCAACAGCAAGCGUCUAUUUCGUUAUAGAGAUCUCCAAAAUCAAACCAGCUACCUUGCCCGUGGAGGUAUUCUUCGUUCUGGAAUCGAGCAGGCUGAUUCACAGGCCAGAAAAGUGUCGAUUUAGAGAAAAGUGGCUUAAGGACAUAAUUGAAAAUAAAAUCAUCCUCAUGGAAAGCCUUACUUUCUAAUGAACAGCUCCAACCCCCUGCCAUCAAUGUGACGUCUGUCAGUGUUUUAUGGAGAAUCAAAUGCACACAAUGCAAAAGGAUGGCUCUUGCUUCCUUAGGAGUUUUUCUACCUGCAUGGAUACAUAACAAGCAUUAAAUCUGUGGAAAACUAACAAAAUCAACUAAGGUCUGAGCUGGCAGCUGGUU